AUGCCUUGUCUGCGCUGGACCGAAGCCUUGCCGACGGAGCAGUCGCAGUCAAGUGCGAGUAGGAGCACGAGCACGAGCGCGAGCGCAGACGAGAAGAAGAAGAGCAGCGCGUGCUCAAGCGCACUCCCCAUCCAAGCCUCCUCUUUCCUCUCUCGUUUGCCCAACCACAUCUCCCUAUCCGACUUGGCGCUUCCAGGCACGCACGAGACGCUGGCCCGAUCCGGCUGGCCCGUCUCGCAAUGUCAGACGCGCAGCGUGCUGCAACAAUUGAACGGAGGCGUGCGCUUCUUCGACAUUCGGAUCGGCAUCAAGCGCUUCCACUCCGCAUCCGCAUCCGCAUCCGCACUCGACUCGGCGCAUGCGCAGCAGUCGCAAUGCGGCGCGACUGUGGGCGCACGUGCGGAGAAGAGCGAGAGCGAGAGCGAGAGCGGGAGGGCGGCUUUGAAGGUGAAGAGCCCGUUGGAUGAGCAGAGAAAAGAUUGGAGAAUGUGGGCUUUUCAUGGCAUCACGGAUCAAAAGAUGGACUUUGGAAGGGUGCUGAUGGAUGUCAGCCAAUGGUUGAGCGCAGUGGGCAAAGGAGAGACUGUAGUUCUCUCGCUAAAGCCUGAAGGGGGGAUGAAGGUUACGCCGGACGAGUGGGUCGACUUUUUGUACGAGGCGUACAUCGAUCCGAACGAGGCGUGGUGGUACUUGAAGGAUGAGAUACCCCGAUUGAAGGAUGUCAGGGGUCGGAUGGUGUUAUUCUCCAGGUUCGGUAGGCAGGAGGGCAGGCAGGAUAGACUGGGCAGAUGGGGCAUCAAUGCGAGGAGAUGGCCAGAUGGGCUAGAUGACGUCUUCUCCUUCCACUUGACCAACCCAGCGCAAUCGGUGCACAUCCAAGAUGCGUACAAAAUGUCCGGCAUCAUGUCCAGCUCGACUGCGCUGCGCAAGGUGGAGCUGAUCGGCACGCUGCUGGACAAGAAACGAGCAGAUGCCCCUUCCCUCGCUCUCAACUUUUGCAACGGCAGCUCUUUCCCUUUGGCUCUUCCCCCCAUCGUCGCGCGAGGCAUAUCCAAUCCUCCCUGCUUGAGGGUGCAAGGCAUGAACCAGAGGCUCCUCUUUCUGCUCCAGCAGCAUCUCGACGCGCAAUCCGGCCCGCCGCCGCCGCCACCAACGAGUGAGGGCAAGACUUUCGCGGCAGCAGCGAAAAGGGGAUUGGCUUGUAUCUUUGCCAUCGACUUUUUCGAAGCGGACCUCAUCGCUCAGGAAGUGGUGAGGCUCAUCAUUCUCGCUAAUUUCGUCUGA